UGACAUUGCUAGGCUUUCCCAGAAGUCACUCAGCAGAGGUGAGUUGGCUCAGGUUACGACAAACAUUGUCACAAUCACCAGAAAAACACCUGACAAGAACUACAACUCUUCAUUCUGUGCCGAACUUCUCUUAUCUGCCCGACCCUUCUAUAACCGCAGCUGAAGAUAGAGAUAUGUGACCCCUUCCUCUUAAAGUCCACUGACAUUGGAUCUAAGCAGACAGCAGCUGACCGCUUACCUCUGUGUGGACGGCUUUUAUGCUGUUACUAGUUUGUCCAAUAGCUCAACCGCAGAAUGGAGUUGACCGCGACAACGGGGUCCAAGUCCAGCGAAGCAUCGUUCCAGAAAGCGGAUCGGGUCGGCUUGUUGAAAUGAAUGCAGUCCAGUCAAACUCUGUUGUUCAAGUUGGUGCUGGAAAUGUUUGCUCCAGGGCUGAGUUUUUCUCUUUACUGAACACCUACAACUGCUUUCUUAAAGACAAUACACACCUGCAGCUCACUGUUCAUGAGUAUGCAGGAAAUGUGACAUUGGAAGGCAUCCUGGUCAUUUACUGGGGUGUAAAGAGACCCAUUCGGUUACAAAUACAAGAUGAGAAACAGACAUGUUCUAAUGAGUCUUCAGUCAAAUCACCAGACCCCAUCAGUCCACUAGGAAACAAAAGGGGUAUGACACGAUGGGGAGAAUUUGACAACCUUCACAAUAUUGCUGAACUGGAGGAAGCUGGAUCACCUGAAAAUCCUACUGAAGACUACAUCGUAUACGAGACCAUGACUUUAAGGCCAUCGCGGACCAUGCAAAUCAAUGAAGAUAGUUCAUAUCUGAUUCGCACCAUGAGCGACGCCUCGCUGGUGAAAAUGAGGGUGAAAAGUAAGAAGAUGAUUGAAAGUCAAAAGAACAGAAACCAUCGCUUCUCCAUCAAUGGACACUUCUACAACUAUAAGACAUCUGUUUUCACACCAUCAUUUGGAGCAACCACAAAUGUGCACAUUAACAGCAGGAUGACGACACAAGAGGUCAUUACACAACUGCUACACAAAUUUAAAGUAGAAAACAGUCCAAAUGAAUUUUCCCUCUACUGCAUUCAUCAAACUGGAGAGAAGAGAAGGUUGAGCAGUUCAGACCUGCCCUUGUGGGAGCGUGUUCUACAAGGACCAUCAAACUUCAUUAUGAAGAUGUUCCUCAUGGAUACAGACGAAGAGGAAAUUAGUCUUGAUGUAGCUCAGUACCUCAAUUUAGAAAUGCCCAUUUUGAAGGUUAUCCUGCAGAAACUGGAAGAGCAAGAGAAUCUGGAGAUACAAAGGAUAAAAGCAAAGUAAGUCUAAGGAUACCAGAAGGAAAGGAGUCUCUUGUUGCAGUGCUUGAGGAAAAAAAUGCCAGUUAAAACCGAGACGACUGUAUAAAGAAGUCUUGGCAGUGGGAAACAGUUUUCCAUGUGAGAUCAACCACGAAUGAGAAACAGUAAAAAAAAAAAAAAAAGAAAAGUGCAUGCAGGACAUAGCUUUACACUAUUAUGUUUGUGGUGUGAGUGUAAAUAAUGUAAAAUAGAUUUUGCAUAAUGGAACUGUAAUUAAACUAUUUAUCUUGUGAGAGACCAAAUAAAAUGCUGGUAUUU